AUGAGGAUUCAUACCGGUGAGAAGCCGUCCUUUCGUUCAGAAUGCAAGAUGAAUUUUAUCGAUUCAUCGAAUCUGCGUAGACAUAUUAAGACUCAUACCGAUGAGAAAUUGUACACUUGUUCUAAUAUGAGAAGUCACAGGAAUAUUCAUGACAAUGAUAGGCCCAGAUUCAACUACACUGUAUGCAAUAAAGCUUUCCUGCGGAAAUCCUAUUUGAAUUCACACAUGAAGAAUCACACGUUGGGCUGA